CAAAUCGCAAAAGCAAAACAACAGAUCUCGGUCAAUCAACGGUACUUUGUGCAGUUUUCUUCGUCGGUGACGACGACGUUUGUGUGCCACGGGGAAUCCGUGACGUCGCUAUUUCGCGUUUGUUACCUGCCGCAAAUCUUCCGACGCAUAUAACCGUCGGACUUAAGUGUCGUGGCCGUAUUUAAAUUCGAUAUCACUGCGCCCGUUCCGCUGUUAGAUUCCUUAGCUGGUCAGCGCGUACUUCCUUCAUAUCCGUACGGUGGUGCACUCGACGCGUCAGCAAUCGUUCUGGUUGUGAAUGUGUUGUUUUUCCAGUUAAGAUAGUUGCACGCGCGCGCGCGCGUGUGUGUGUGGACAAUGGCGGAAAAGAGAAAAGGCAAACGGCGAAGGGAUGAGGAAUACAGCCUGGACCCUGAAACAGCCGAAAAACCCAGCAAAACUGAGUAUUCCGUCGCUGCUUGGUUGCGUAAAAACGUACCACAAAAGAAGACCAAAUUUGCUGGUCACAAUGUUGAGUACUUCACGGGUAGCAAAGCUGUUGAUAGUCUUCUAGGAUCAAAGUGGGCAACUAGUGAAAAAUUGUUCACCACUAGACAGGAAAUUGAAUUGUUUUUGGAUCUGAUGUUGAAACAUCAGUUUUUUCAUCGUGCUAAAAAAGUACCAAUAUCAGAUCAGGAACUGAAAGCUAUCAAAAAUAAAAAGUCUAAAAAGACUAAUGAUACUGAUAAAGAUGAGAAAAAGAAAGUGGAUAAAAAGAAGAAAGAUAAGAAAGAUGAUGAAAGUGAAGAAACUAGUAAAGAUGAUAAAAUUGAUGAUGAUAAAAACAAAUGCACUGAAAUUGAACGAAAAAAGAAAAGUCGUAAAAUACGUUUAGAAAUGCAUAUGGAACAAUCAUUUGUUGAUAAUUUGGAUGCUUAUGUAUGGAUUUAUGAUCCUAUCCCAUUUUAUUAUUUGGUAAUAGGAACUUUCAUUGUAUUUGGUGGAAUUGGAAUUUGUUUGUUCCCAUUGUGGCCUCCACAAGUGAGAAUGGGUGUACAGUACUUAAGCAUAGCAGCAGCAGGAUUUCUUAUAUUCAUUAUUGUUUUGGCCAUUCUACGAUUGGUCUUAUUCAGUUUACUUUGGAUAUUAACUACAGGCAAAUUACAUUUUUGGCUCUUCCCAAAUUUAACUGAAGAUGUUGGAUUUUUUGCUUCAUUCUGGCCUAUUUAUACAUAUAGUGUAAUGUAUAAGAAGAGUUCUAAAAAAGGAAAGAAAAAGAAAGAUAAAUUAUCAGAUGAUGAAGAAGAUGAUAAGAAACUGGAUGACGGUGAGGAAGAAAAAAAAUCUUCAGAAUCAGAAGUUGAUGAAAAGGUUCCUGAAGUUGAAGAAACAGUUGAACACAAUAACACCUCAUUAGAUACAGAACCUGGGAAAUUUGAAAAUCCAAAAUGUUCUGAAGAAUCUUCUUCAACCGAUACAGAAUCUAGUAGUCAGCAGUCGCAUACUGGAAAUGAUUUUGUGAUGGUGGACAAACAAGAUGCCCAAGAUACAUAAUAAAUAAAAUUAACUAAUCCCUUUAUUUAUGUUUUCCAAUAGCUUUU